AGGAGGGCUGACUUGGAGAGACUCUAAAGGCGGGCUGAGCACUCAAGAAUGCGACCCGUCCACAUGUUGUCAGAAGCUGGAAAUGCUGAGCGCCGCUGGAGCGCAGCGCACCAGACCGGCAGCGCACAGAAACUUGUAGACAAUACUACCAGUAGCCGAUAAUUAUCAGAAUUUCGUUUUUGAUUUUUUUUUUCCUUUCCUUUUUAAACAAACAGACAGAGAGGGAAUAUACAGUUUGCACACAUCCCGCCCUUUGGAGCAUUUAUUUCUCUCCCUCGCCAAGAGUAUGACGAAUGCUGUUCCUAUGACUGAUUUCACCUGAGGCUAUUGGGACGAAAAAGCAAAAUGGAGACGUUUACCAUACACGACAUGCUCAUAAAUUCAACGGACUUGAACAUGAUUUUGUGUAAUUUCGGGAUCAAGAAUAUUUCAGAGUGCGAGAGCGAGCGGGAUCCCUCACCCGAACCUAAAGACAUCAACCAGACAGUCCGGAUCGUGCUCUACAGCCUCAUCUUCCUCCUCAGCGUCCUGGGCAACAGCCUCAUCAUCGCCGUCCUGGUGAGGAACAGACGCAUGAGGACCGUCACCAACCUGUUCCUGCUGUCUCUGUCCGUCAGCGACCUGAUGGUGUCCCUGGUCUGCAUCCCCUUCACCCUCAUCCCCAACCUGAUGAGGGACUUCAUCUUCGGCACCGGCAUAUGCAAACUUGUCAUGUACUUCAUGGGUGUCUCAGUAAGUGUUUCCACGUUCAACCUGGUGGCCAUCUCCCUGGAGCGCUAUAGCGCAAUUUGCAACCCACUCACCUCCAGGACGUGGCAGACCAAAUCCCACGCCGCCAAGGUCAUCACUGCCACCUGGGUGGCGUCUUUUAUCCUGAUGUUGCCAUAUCCCAUUUCUAGCACCCUCAAGCCCUUCACCCGCCGCGACAACAGCACGGGGCACAUGUGCCGCCUGGUGUGGCCCAACGACGUCAUCCAGCAGUCCUGGUAUGUGUCCCUGUUGUUGCUGCUGUUCCUAAUCCCCGGGAUCGUCAUGAUGACAGCCUACGGACUCAUUUCCCUGGAGCUCUACAGGGGCAUCAAGUUCGAGCUGUCCAACAGGAAAACCUGCAGAGAGAGACAAUCCAGCACUUGCAGCAUCAAGCCUGGUGACAGUGAUGGCUGUUACAUGCAGCCGUCUAAAAAGAAGAGCAUCACAGGCAACUUUGCCAACACCAGCAGCAAACCCACGGUGGGCCGUGUGUGCAGCAGCAGCUCCACAGCCAACCUGAUGGCCAAGAAGCGUGUGAUCCGCAUGCUCCUGGUCAUCGUUUUCCUCUUCUUCCUGUGCUGGACUCCCGUCUUUGUGGUCAACGCGUGGCAGGCUUUUGACCGGCGCUCAGCCUACCGCCUCACCGGCGCGCCCAUCUCCUUCAUCCACCUGCUGUCCUACACCUCGGCUUGUGUCAACCCCAUCAUUUACUGCUUCAUGAACAAGCGCUUCCGCCAGGGCAUGCUGGCCACGUUCACCUGCUGCAGCUGCUUACAGAAGAGUGGCGGAGGCAGUGGCAGCUUAAGGAGGUCAGCUGGAUUCGGAACGACUAAAGGGGAAGUGAGCAGAUCAAGAGCGGGACCAAAGACCGCUGAGCAGAAUGGCCAUACACCGCCAAGUGGAGCCAGCACACGCUUCACCUACACCGGGAUCCGUGCAUCAGCUUGGAGCGAGCUGACUUAAAGCGUGUGAUAAAGUGAUACGUGUGUGUGUGUGUGUGUGUGUGUAAGAGCUCUGCCCUGAGUACAAACACCUGGAGGGAACCUGUGGUGUGUUGUCUUAAUGUAAAGUCCUCACAGUGCUUUAGCGUGACAUGGGUAGUUGUUGAUGACUUGAGCAGAUAUGGGGCAGAUCAGCACCACCAGAUGUUCCCAUAAAGCUUGCAAUGUCCAGGGUGGAGGCCCGGUCAUAAAAAAGCCUUGAAGGGCCUCAAGUCUGACAUAACAAGGUUUUUUUAUGAGACAGAACAGCAAUUAAUGUACUACCACCCUUUAAAUACUCUCUAUUGGUUGUUUCUCUACCACAAUAAGUGGUGACUGUAUAUGUAAAAGUUCAAGGACCAAAUAGUGUUUCCAUACAGUUUUACUGGACAACAUUCAAAACCACAAUCAGUGCCAGAAGGGUCAGAGUCCACAGCAGGAUCAGUUCAUCUAAAUAACAAAAAAGGACAUUUAUUUCUUUACUUUCCUUUAAUGAAAACUGUUCACAUGAAGAUCCGAUGCAGCAAAACUCACCCACCUCUUAACCUGAUGUAGAUCAUGCGAUCAAAAGCUCUUCAAACUACAACACUUUGGAGAUCAAUACCAUGUGGAGCAAAAGCUGGGAGGCAGUUAGCUUAACCAUUAGCAACAAACAGCUAGCAUGUUCGAUGCUCAAAAGCACAACCGCCACCACCUCUAAAGGCCACUAUUUGACAUUUUGCCUGUUGUUUGUGUAAUGCUUACUCAAACAGAAGUGGUGAAAACAGUAAGCUGUUCCUGUUUGUGUACUGAUGUUCUGCAUGCUGGGCUAAGCUAAUAGCCUCCUGGCCUUCCUCCAUAUUUAACUCCAUGAGAAAAGCAAACAGGCUUAGCUCCCAAAAAUGACAAGCUGUUCCUUCCAGUUUUGUUAUGAAGGAUUAAAAAAAAAAGAAGUCAAACUUUUUGUAUCAAAAUAAUUACAAAUUAAUGGCUGCCCGCAAGUGUGGAAAAUGCAUUAAAGAAAUUAAAACCAAAGUCACCAGUAAUGUUAACUAUCGAUAAUUUGGAGUAAAUUUUUUAUAAAACUCAAGAAUCAAAAAUGUGCUUGUCAAGUGUGCUUGUUUUUUCAUGUAACUUUAGUCAGCAGCUUCAAAACAAUCCUCCAGUCACGAGCUCGUCCUUGACCCACUGUGUGAGUGUGUGAGUGUGUGUGUGUGUUUGUGACUAAAGGGGGCUGUGCUGUGUGCGUGACAGGAACUGGAGAAGCCUUAUCACUUUGUGGGACACUGAACACCUGUAUUCCCUCUUGUUCAAAGAGUGAAUUUCUGGCAUUGCCCACCUGAUUUCCACUGAUUCAUACUGUUAAAUAUAGCAGCAUCAAUGUAGCAACUGAUUUCCAUUUCAUCAACAUGUUGCAGCAUUCAUUGUAUGACCUCGAUGUUGUCGCGUACAUUUUUACGUUUUUUGGAGAUUUUGAGCUUUUGAGGUAUUUUGUUCUAUUGCAUGAUAAUCUGCCUAUGUUGACAGACUGUUUCCUGUUAAAGCAGCAGGCACAUAAUUGAAUGUAAUCCCUGUGAUUUUAGAGGUUUGUUAUAUACAUCUAAAAGUAGUUUCAAGAAUGGUAUUGUGUUCUUUUGGUUAUGUACAGACACAACUAAUCUCUGAAUAUCCAAAGUUGUUGACCAUAUAAAGUCCUUGAGUGCUGCGCUGGCAAAGACUUGGGGCAGAGUAACAUGGAGCUUUUAACGGCUUUCAUAAAAGUGGAUCUAAAGGACUGAGGGCAUUAGGGCCCAGACAAGUGGUGGAAAGAAAAGGGGGAAUCUGUUGGGACUUCUUCCCAGGGAUAAGAGCUCCAUUUGGGCUUGGUAGGUGCCCAAAACCCCUACACACUGUUUGACUGUCACUGGAAAGGGCGGAGGGAAGAGAUGAAGACGGCUCAAAAAAUGUUCAUUCUUCACAUAAAAACACAGAUAAGUGUUAUUCAUUUGUACUCUUACAGCUAAAACCUCAAUUACUUGGAUUAAAGUGUAAAAAAAAAAGCACAUGCUUAUGCUUCUGGCGAUUAAAAACGUAACACAAAGUGA